AAAAUCAAGGGACCAAGUUUGUAAUUAAGACUAUUUUCAAAUCAUAGAUUCUCUUCAACCCUUUCUUAACGACUAUUCACACAGAAACAUUAUCACAAACACCUUCGAGGCACUCCAGAACGAGCAAUGUUGGAGCCAAAUUGUCUGAAGAAAGCAGUGAUUCCUUCAACUCUGAUCAAGAAUCCAUCUCCUGGAACCAUUCAAUCCACUCGCCUUGCUCUUCAUGUUACCCAAUUACGACAUUAUUGUUAUCUCUACAUUGCCUCUGGUUCCAACAUCUAUAAGCUUCAGAUUGCACUUCAAGGAACUUCAGUUUCCAAAGGAAAAGAUAGUCUCUUAAUACCUUUGUCCACUGAGGUUAUUGACCCUUCGCGAGUCAAACGCUGUCCCCAUCGCUCAGAAAUUCAGAGUAUUGUUCUUGCUGAUGCAGAGAGCCUUGGCUACUACCUGUUGGGAAGUGUGGAUUCAUACGGUCAUCUUAUUGUAUCAAAGCUUGAUGCGUCUGGUAGAGGCAUUGACAUGCUUACGUAUUCAGCAUUGCCGCCUGAUAAUGGUAUUGGGGAAGGAAGUUGGGCAGGACUCAGCUUUAGCCCAUAUCAAAUUUCUAUGGCAGCUGUUGCUCGUGGCUUUUGCAAAACUAUUGAUAUUUUUGACCAGGACAUGCAUGUUCGCAGAUUACGACCGCUCUGGGACCCUACUUCAGUAAGCUUUGUGCAAAAUGUUGUAAAUGGAGAUCGAAGUUCUCUGUUAGCUAUUACUGAAGGAAGCCAGCUUACUAUGUGGGACUUGAGAGUGAAAGAAAAUGGUGGUUGUGUACAUCGGAUUAGUGGUACCCCUGGUGAUACUUUAUAUUCUGUUUGCAGUUCUUCCACUGGUAAUAUUGCCGUUGGUGGGGUUGAUCGUACUGUGACUAUUUAUGAUCCUCGCAGAUGGUCGUCAUUGUCUAGAUGGGUGCAUUGUUCAAAAUUUGAGAUAACAGGGCUAGCAUUCUCAACAGUUGAUCCUGACUAUAUCUAUAUUCAAGGGGUUGAUUAUGAGGUCUUUUGCGGACAAUGGAAAGAACGCAACAAGUUAUUUUCAUUUAGAGGAGACUCAAACUGGCUUGGCUUUAGUAAGUGCUCCAACAAAGAUGUUUUAGGUGGAUGGUGUGAUUCGGGCAGCAUAUUUGUAGUUGAUGUUGCUUAAGUGAUAUUGACAGACAUAUUGGUCUGUCCGGUAAUGAUUCCAACUAUGUAUAUUUUUCGUUGGUUCAGUAUAUUUAACCAUGGUAGAGUCCAUGUUUGAUAGGAAAAAGAAAAUCAAUGUGUUUAUUGUGCCAAAUGUUAUAAUGCAUUUCUAGUUCCUAUUCUGACAUUACUGAAUGCAUUCAUUUUGUGCUUUUUCAAUGUUGUAAUGUUUUAGUGAGAAAGGUUUAAUGUCCAUUUCAAGUUCCUAUUUUGACAUUUCAAUUAUUUAAGUAUCAAGUGUAUUUUAUGGUUUUCAAACAA